UUUUGAAGUCUAUUUUUAUAAUUGAGUGGUCUCAGUUCGAGAGGAGAGAGUAAUCAUCCAAAAAUCGAUCUGGAACGAGCAGUGGUCUGUGAACUCGAGCUGUGAGAGUGCUGAGACUGUUUGGUUGAUAUCUCGAGUUUUACCAAUCCAAUUAAGGCGUGUGAGAUACCAAAAGAAAGGUCUCAAGACGAGGAAUCCGUGAAGGUCUGGUUUGCAUCAAUCGGAGUAGAGGAAGGCUUCCAAAUCGUCCGAGCAGAACGCGACCUCGCAGGGACGGAUUUACUCUUCUAAGAAACGAGUUAACCGGAAAACACCCGUUCUAGGGGCUGUUUUCGUAUCAACGAUUAAGGGUUGAACUAUCACUUGGAGGAGGCUGUUUAACACUCAUAUUUGAGCAAGGAAUCGGUUCCAAAUCCACCUUGACCAAAGCUUUGACCAUUGGACCAAGAAGGGAAAGUUUAAAGCUCAAUUGAGGUUGAGGCUAGAGCUUGCUUCCUGUGCUCGUUGCCCGAGUGAUUUCCCCGGAGAGAAGAUUUGGUUCGUGCUUCCUCCAUUCUGUUUUAGAACAUUAAUAAACAUGCUCAUGGAUAUUUUACUUUAGAGCCUGCGUGCUCAUGUUUGCCCUGUGUGGCCCUUUUGUUUUAAACAAUGUUUUCCGCUGCGUAUUGAAUUGCUUAUUAUGUAUGUUUAUGGAUGACUUAUGUGUGAAUGAUAUUCAUGACGCCUUGUAUAAUAUGAAUGUGUUGGACUGCGGUUGACUAUUCGUAUUGUACGGCGGGUUGUUGACGUGUCCGGAGAGGUCCGGGGCGUGACAAAAACCAUGGGGCCGAUUGGUGACAAAGUUGAAGAAGACAAAAGAGUUUGGAUCCCUGUUUCCAAAAAGAAAAAGGAGACACCCAUCUCACUUGCAACUCAGCCGAAGCCCACUCUCAACCAAGCACCAACAAAAGCUUUGAAGGAGGUUUUACCGAAGCCAAACCCACCAGUUAACUACCCCAAGAAUGGCAACAUUGGUUUUGAUGAACUGGGAGGCCGCUUGAUCAACAAUGUGCAUGAACUUAAAAGAGGGGAAGUAGUAACCCGAAUUGAUUAUGAUGAGAGGAAACGGAGAACAGUCUUUGCCAUGAAACCGGGUGAGGUUCCUAAGCAUCACAAGAUCGUAAGACUGGGAGAAGACCUUCGAAAAGUCAGUUUAGAACAAAGAGGCAUCUCCUUCACCCACGAAUGCCUUAGCAAACUUCCGGGGGUGACACCGAAUCCACACACUCAAUGGUAUGAUUUUAAACAUAAUGUUUUUUAUAAUUAUGUGGCCUCUUUUUUUUAUGUCACAACUAGGGACAAUAAGAAGUAUGCCAUGGAGAAGCAAAGAAGAAGGGAAGCGAGAGAGGCUAAAAUAGCAAAGAAUAAAGGGAAGGCAGUGGCGAACAAGGAGGAUGGUCACUCCUCCACCGACUCCGACUCUUAUGAAUUUUAAAACCGUUGUGUGGAACGUGAGAGGUUUGAAUAAACCCUCCAAACACUCUACUAUUUCGCGUUUUAUUAAUUUGAAUAAUGCAUGCUUGGUUUGUCUUUUGGAAACUAAAAUGAUUUUGAAUAAGUUUAAAAAUCUUGUUUCUAAUAAAUGGCCGUUUUGGUCAUAUGAAACGAAUUUUGACUUAAUUGAGGGUAGUCGUAUGGCGGUAAUGUGGGACCCUAACCUCUUGCAUUGCACUUUGCUUGAAUUAGAUCGGCAAUAUAUGCACUUUAAGUGUAUAUGCCGCACCACUCACUCCAUUUUCUUUGUGACUUUUGUGUAUCCCCUUUACACUGUUUUGGAGCGUAAGUGCCUCUGGGAACAUCUUGCUACUAUAGGGGACCAAAUUAAGGACCCUUGGUUUGUGGCGGGGGAUUUCAACUGCAUUUGCUCUCCUAACGAAAGGGUCGGCUCAAACCCCCCUACGGCUUACCUAAUGAAACACUUGUUAGAUUUUAAAAUUUGUGCUAGCCUUGAAGAUGCCCCCUCCACCGGAGAAUUCUUUACGUGGAACAAGGGCAAUCUUUGGGCUAAACUUGAUCGGGUGUUGAUCAAUGAUUCUUGGAACCAAUUAGGCAUUACCUGUAAGGCCCAUUUCGAAGAAAUGGAGGCUGAGUUUGACCACACGGCCACUGUGGUCUCUAUACUCAAUAGCACCUCUACCAGGCCGAGAGCUUUUAAAUUCUUUAAUAUGUGGACUCAGCAUCAUGCAUUUACUAACCUAGUUUUGCAGAACUGGAAUAUUACUAUCAUUGGUACGGCUCAAUACCGAAUUGUUAGGAAGCUUAAGUUGCUUAAACAGCCACUUAAGAACCUUAACAAACUUGAGUUUGGCCAUAUUUCUAGCAAAGCUAAGGUUGCCAAGGAAGAAUUCAAACGAUUGAACAGGUUGUGGCUUGCCUCUCCUCACAAUUCCGAGAUUAAAGAACAAUUAAAGGAGGCUAGAGGGAAAGCUAUUUUCUUGGGGGAGGCCGAAUGUAGCUUUUUCCAACAAAAAGCAAAAGCGACACACAUACUUGAAGCCGAUAGGGGAACGAGAUACUUCCAUGCCAUUGUCAAGAGGAAUGCGUCCCGGAAUGCCAUAACAUCCAUCACUUUGGAAGAUGGCACUUUUACUAAUUCCGUUAAUCAAGUGGGGAACGAAUUUGUAAAAUUUUUUAUUGAUUUAUUUGGUACUAGAAUGAAUAACCUUUCCAUUGACCACUCGGUCCUAGGAACCGGCCCUUUGAUUGAACCAAGUGUUCAUGAUAGCCUAUUAUCGCCAAUAACUAACGAGGAAAUUAAAGAUGCCUUGUUUGAUAUUGGAGAUGAUAAGGCACCGGGGCCGGAUGGUUAUUCAUCGGCUUUCUUUAAGAAGAAUUGGAAUGUGGUGGGGGAGGACGUUAUAAAGGCGACUAAAGAGUUCUUUAACUCGGGAAGAUUGCUUAAACAUAUUAACCAUACUGUUAUAGCACUCAUUCCUAAAACUAGUCACUCCCCCAAGGUCUCAGAUUUUAGACCUAUUUCAUGCACUAAUGUCCUCUAUAAAAUCAUAACGAAAAUUAUUGCUGCUAGAAUGUCCCCUACCCUCUCGGGUUUGAUCAACCAAGCACAAGGUGCUUUUGUUGAUGGCCGCCUUAUGUUCGACAACAUAUUCCUUGCCCAGGAACUUGUUAGAGGAUACAAUAGGAAGCGCAUCUCACCUCGUUGUAUGAUCAUGGUGGAUCUGCGCAAGGCAUACGAUACUAUCUCGUGGGACUUUCUAGCCGACGUGCUAAAGGGAUUGGGCUACCCUACACGCUUUGUUGGUUGGAUUAUGGAGUGUGUCUCCACUGCAUCCUUUUCUGUAUCUUUAAAUGGUGUGAUGCAUGGUUUCUUUAAAGGUAAAAGAGGUAUUAGGCAAGGGGAUCCAAUGUCCCCGUUACUCUUCGUUGUAUGCCUUGAGUAUUUCUCACGGCUGUUAACCAUUAGAGCCGAGACCUCACGUUUUAACUAUCAUCCUUUAUGUGCUUCUUUGGGCAUAACCCACUUGGCAUAUGCGGAUGAUCUAAUGCUCUUUUCUAGAGGGGACAAAUACUCAAUUGAGAUAUUAGUCAAUACUCUUAAAGAGUUUGGGGACGUUUCGGGCCUAAGGGUUAACCAUACUAAAUCCAAUAUUUUUGUAGGUGGGGUGCAUGGCUAUGAUCUUCAAAAUAUUCUUGACCUCGUUGAUUAUAGCCGAGGCGAAUUCCCGGUGAGAUACCUUGGAGUGCCACUUGCACCGCUCAAAGUCUCCGUAGCCCAGUAUUCGCCUCUUUUGGAAACGGUUUGUGACUUUCUCAAGGCUUGGAAUACUAAGACAAUCUCUUAUGCGGGCAAGAUUGAGCUUAUUCGUUCUGUGAUCCAAGGGAUCCAAUCCUUUUGGCUCCAAGUCUUCCCUGUCCCCCAAACUGUCUUAGAUAGAAUUGUUUCGAUUUGUCGUAGUUUUUUAUGGGGUGGUAAGAUUGCCAAGGUCGCUUGGGAUGACAUAUGCCUCCCUAAAGACGAAGGGGGACUUGGCAUUCAUAACGCUAAGAUAUGGAACCAUGCCCUCCUAGCUCGUACCCUUUGGGAUGUCCACAAGAAGAAGGAUACGUUAUGGGUAAGAUGGGUAAAUGGUGUUUACCUUAAGGGAAGAACCGUGUGGGACUUUGUCCCACACGCACGAGACUCACAGCUUAUGAAGCGGUUGAGUCUCAUUCGGGACAGGAUACGCGCAUGCUUCAAUAAUUAUAAUGACAUGAUUUUGGGCCUUAACUCGCGAGCCAAUAAUGGAAAAUUAGCCUCCGCUAAAAUUUAUGAGCUAUUAAGAGUUAAAGGGGAUGUUAAGACUCCUAUGUGUUUCAUAUGGAAAUCAUACAUCCCCCCAAAACUCUCAUUUAAUGUUUGGCUGGCACUGAGGAACCGGCUUCCUACCCAGGAUAGCCUCGGUUAUCUCCAUAUUGUGAACAGGUGUGAUUUAUGUAAGGGUGGUUUGGAGACAAUACCACACCUUUUUUUCCGUUGCCCCUUUACUUGUAGGGUAUGGCAGCAGGUCCGGAACUGGAUAGGCAUGAGACAUGACAUGACAACGUUAUUGAGUGCGAUUAAAUGGAUCACAAAGUCAAAUAGAGGCUCGACGCUGAAGGCUAAGGCAGCACGCACUGCCUUUGUGGCGAUGCACGAAAUGAGAUCAGAUUUGAAGACGCCAACAAGACGGAAGAAGCAGUUAUUGCGAAGAUUAAACAUGUGGUAUAUAAGAUCCUGUUCAACAUCUAUCCGCAUGAGCUGGUGAACUUUUGAUGGAGGUACAAAAUAUUUUUGGGCCACGGCAUAGUGUUAUAGUUUUUGUUGUGUGUGUGCUUCUUGCAGCACCCCUUUUUUGUUUGAUUUUUGGGCCGCGGCUUAUUAUUCGCAUAGGCUUCCUUGAUUUUUGUUGAUCAUAAAGCUUCUCUCAACCCUCUCCUAGACACAUGUUAUAGGACGGGGUAGGGGGAGGCUUUAAAUUUUUGUAACCUCUGUUUGGAUGGUAUAUAUAUUUACGGUUCAUCCAAAAAAAAAAAAAUCGAAAGAGCUCUCAGUCUGUCAAUCCUUGCUAUGUCUGGACCUGGUAAGUUUCCCCGUGUUGAGUCAAAUUAAGCCGCAGGCUCCACUCCUGGUGGUGCCCUUCCGUCAAUUCCUUUAAGUUUCAGCCUUGCGACCAUACUCCCCCCGGAACCCAAAGACUUUGAUUUCUCAUAAGGUGCCGACGGAGUCCUAAAAGCAACAUCCGCCGAUCCCUGGUCGGCAUCGUUUAUGGUUGAGACUAGGACGGUAUCUGAUCGUCUUCGAGCCCCCAACUUUCGUUCUUGAUUAAUGAAAACAUCCUUGGCAAAUGCUUUCGCAGUUGUUCGUCUUUCAUAAAUCCAAGAAUUUCACCUCUGACUAUGAAAUACGAAUGCCCCCGACUGUCCCUAUUAAUCAUUACUCCGAUCCCGAAGGCCAACGUAAUAGGAUCGAAAUCCUAUAAUGUUAUCCCAUGCUAAUGUAUACAGAGCGUAG